UAAUGUUCAGGCAAUGACAUGCCGCUCUGGCAUAGUUCAGCAAAAAAAAUGGAUAGUAAGCAUAAAAAAUAAAAAAAAGUUCCCUGACCAUUGACCUCCAAUAAACAAACUUUGUGUCUUUUUGAGCAUUGUGUCUCAAAUCACAUACUUAUGUACUAUUCCAGACUGUCAUUGAAUACUAACACUAAUUGGUUUUCCUAUUAUAGUUAGUAUUUGAAUUUUAAAAACCUCUCAUGUAGCAUUCAAACCCACCGAAAGGUCUGUUUUGCUUACCAGUCUCUGGAUUUACUAGAUAAGUAAAUACUUUUGAAUAUAGGGUCAGAGUUUUUAUUUAAAAUGCAGCCCAUGACAACAGUGAAAACAACAGUGAAAAGUUUUAAAAGAGAUAGUGUGUUUAAUAUUGCUGUGCAUAAAAUCACUAAAUAUUUUACAGUUCAACUUGGAAACAUGAUGGACAGAGAUGUUUUGGUUCUGAAUUGCCAUCUUGUGAAAGUCACUUUUAAAUCUUCUGGAUGUACAUAAGAUGCACAGCGAGUACGUGAGCAAUGCUGCUCGUGUUUCCACUGCUUCUGCAUGCACACAGAAAGUCAUGCUUCAAGUAUAAACAGCUCCUCUGCUUUGCAUCAGGCUGUAUCACACCACCCCAGCGUGAAAUUCCUUCAUAUUUUAGUCGUAACGUAAUGUUAACCGCAUCAGGGACAGUGAUCUUUUAUUUAUUUAUUCAUUCAUUCAUUUUAUUAAAAUAAAUCAAAACAUUGAACAUGUUUUAAGCUCGAAAAUAAGCUCUAAAUAAAAGUCUUUUAGAUCAUAUUGCUUUUUUCUUGACUUUAUUUACAUAUAAGUAAUCCAAAAAUAAUCAGAUUACAUUAAUUUCAUAUUGUGAUACUUAGAUUACAUUUCUGAUUACAUUUUUUAUGAAGUAAUUUGUAACUGUAAGGGAAUGCAUUUUUAAAGUAACCCUCCUAACCUUGCAUAUGUUACACAUACUGUACAUAUAUUACUAACAUAAUUGCAGAGUUGCAGAAAAUUCAUAAAGUACAUUUGGGGUUGUUUGCCCAAAAAAGUUUGGGAACCCUUUGGUUAGUAUUAGCAGCUGACAACUUAUGUUCAAAAAAUACUUCAAUAGUGAGGUCUGAAUAUGCCCCUGUAUUUUGACAUGUAGAUGAAAAGGUUAUUUUCACACAAUGCUCAUGGCAAAUUAAUGUUUUCAUUUUUAACUUUACAGAUUUUUGUCAUGCCAUCUAGUAACCAAGCUAGAAAUGUGAUAUUCCUUAAUCUGUUAAAUAGUGAAGUUUUUGGCAGUGAAAAUCAUUACACUGUAACAACAAUAAUGUAAUUUUAAAAAAAUUUUUGGCCCUUGCUAAAAGCAUUAUAGUAAGGUUUGUCCACUCAUACAAGAUCAUUCACCAUUUUACUUGAAAGGGGAAAUACCCACAAAGACCCACCACUUCACUUCACCACAAAUCACUGUUAUAAACUGACAAAAAAGUUGUAAAUAAUUUGUAGUCUUUUUUUAUAUUGGACUUUCUGUCACGAUUCCCCCUUGAAGCAGCGUGCUCGAAGCGCGAAUGCGCGAGCACCUGCUUUUCCGCUGUUGCCCGUAGGGACAUCGGGACACGUGGGUUUUGUUUAUGUCUGUCAUGUCUCCUCCCUGUUCCGUCAUUGGCUGGGAAGUCACGUGUGUCCGGAUUACCCUCAGCUGUUAGCAGUUGCGAGGGUAAUCAUGUCCGCAUAUAUACCGCGCGCUUCCCAGCACACAACGCGGAAGAUUAAGUAAAUUCCUGCCUUGCCCAGUGUAUGCCUGUUUGCCAAUCGCCUGACCUCUUGCAUGUUUAUGGAUUACGUCUUGGAUCACGUUUUGGAUUUGUCUGCCUGUCUGUCGUCAAAAUAAACACUGUUCACCCUGCGCUUGCAUCCGCCUUAUCUCUGCUCCGUCACGAUGUGUGACAGAAUCUUCCGCCAAAACAUGGAUGCAGCAGGAGAACGGAGGAGACGCGGAACCCGGAAGUCGACGCCAACCGUCCCCGCUAUGGACUCCGUCCACUUCCCACAAUGGACAUUUAUGGAGCUUCCGGACCCAUUUGACGGAUUUUUCGGUGCCCCAGAGUAUUUCCUGGUAGACUGUCAAUACUACUUCGCCAGUCUGUUAGACCCGAAGCCAGAGGAGAAGCAAUGGCUCCGAUUUAUGUGGUCCCGGUUCUUUGGACCGGCCCGUCAAUGGGUUCAGCUCAAACUGGAGAAGCACUGUAGGAACCUGGACGGUGUAGAACAGUUUGUGGGGGAUUUCAUGUUGCGAUUCGGGAGUCCGGAGGCGAAGGAGGAGCUAGAACAACUUCUCAGGGGUGUAAGUCUGGAAGGCGAACCUGCCCUGCCAUUUACCCACUACUACAGGCAACGUCAUACAGAGCUCAACCCUGAGAUCCAAGCCAAGCCUCCAGUCAGGAAAGUCCAAGUCCCUGAGCUCCAGGUCAAGUCUCACGUCCCUGAGCUCCAGGUCAAGUCUCACGUCCCUGAGCUCCAGGUCAAGUCUCACGUCCCUGAGCUCCAGGUCAAGUCUCACGUCCCUGAGCUCCAGGUCAAGUCUCACGUCCCUGAGCUCCAGGUCAAGUCUCACGUCCCUGAGCUCCAGGUCAAGUCUCACGUCCCUGAGCUCCAGGUCAAGUCUCACGUCCCUGAGCUCCAGGUCAAGUCUCACGUCCCUGAGCUCCAGGUCAAGUCUCACGUCCCUGAGCUCCAGGUCAAGUCUCACGUCCCUGAGCUCCAGGUCAAGCCUCCAGUCCCUGAGCUCCAGGUCAAGCCUCCAGUCCCUGAGCUCCAGGUCAAGCCUCCAGUCCCUGAGCUCCAGGUCAAGUCUCACGUCCCUGAGCUCCAGGUCAAGUCUCACGUCCCUGAGCUCCAGGUCAAGUCUCACGUCCCUGAGCUCCAGGUCAAGUCUCACGUCCCUGAGCUCCAGGUCAAGUCUCACGUCCCUGAGCUCCAGGUCAAGCCUCACGUCCCUGAGCUCCAGGUCAAGCCUCCAGUCCCUGAGCUCCAGGUCAAGCCUCCAGUCCCUGAGCUCCAGGUCAAGCCUCCAGUCCCUGAGCUCCAGGUCAAGUCUCACGUCCCUGAGCUCCAGGUCAAGUCUCACGUCCCUGAGCUCCAGGUCAAGUCUCACGUCCCUGAGCUCCAGGUCAAGUCUCACGUCCCUGAGCUCCAGGUCAAGCCUCACGUCCCUGAGCUCCAGGUCAAGCCUUCAGUCCCUGAGCUCCAGGUCAAGCCUUCAGUCCCUGAGCUCCAGGUCCAGCCUCCAGUCCCUGAGCUCCCGUUCAAGUCCGCCGACACGCACCGCCAAGCUCCGCUCACGCCACAGUCCGCCGACACGCAUCGCCAAGCUCCGCUCACGCCACAGUCCGCCUUGCAACACAGCCAGCAGAGUAACCUGAGCAUCUGGGGCUUUCCACUGCAGGGGAGGCACACCUUGCUGCGCAGUCCAGAGGUGAAGGCUGGCCCAGAAAUUUUUUUGGGGGGGGCAAUGAGGACAGCAGAGCUCCAGCCUGAGGCCUACGGGGAGGUCUCAGCUGUGGAGCUCUCACCUGAGGUCAACAUGGCGACCUCAGAGGGACAGGCCGAGGAGCCUGUCCCGCUGCCAUGCACAGCCGAGGAGGCUGUCCCGCUGCCUUGCACAGCCAAGGAGGCUGUCCCGCUGCCCUGUUCAGCUGGGGACGUCGCUCAGCCUCCCCGUUCAGCUGUGGACGUCGCUCAGCCUCCCCGUUCAGCUGUGGACGUCGCUCAGCCUCCCCGUUCAGCUGAGGACGCCGCUCAGCCCGCCUGUUCAGCUGAGGACGCCGCUCAGCCCGCCUGUUCAGCUGAGGACGCCGCUCAGCCCGCCUGUUCAGCUGAGGACGCCGCUCAGCCCGCCUGUUCAGCUGAGGACGCCGCUCAGCCUUCCUGCUCCAUGGCAGAUAGCGUUCCCCCCUUCUGCGUCGAGGAGACCCACGUUCCUCUCCCUGGCCGCACGGAGACCCACGCUCCUCUCCCUGGCCUUACAGGGGACUUCGCUCUGCCUUCCAGUUCAGCUGGGGACGUCGCUCCGCUUUCAGGCUCCGACGAGGACGUCGCCCUGCUUCCCUGCUCCGCUGAGUGCAGUGCUCUGUUUCCCUGUCCAGCUGAGGUCGUCGCUCAGCCUCCCUGUCCAGCUGAGGUCGUCGCUCAGCUUUCAUGCUCCGCCGAGGAUUUCGCUCAGCCCGCCUGCCCGGCUGUGGACGUCGCUCUGCCUUCAUGCUCCGCCGAGGACUUCGCUCAGCCCGCCUGCCCGGCUGUGGACGUCGCUCUGCCUUCAUGCUCCGCCGAGGACUUUGCUCAGCCUGCCUGCCCGGCUGUGGAUGUCGCUCCGCUUCCCUGCGCCGCCAAGAACACCGUGCAGUUUCCUGGCUCUGCCUGGGACAUUCAGUCCAGGGGGCCGGGUCCGCCAAUUAAAUGGGAGGACUCAUGGCACUCCGGGAGGAGUGCCUUUAGGGGGGGGUUCUGUCACGAUUCCCCCUUGAAGCAGCGUGCUCGAAGCGCGAAUGCGCGAGCACCUGCUUUUCCGCUGUUGACCGUAGGGACAUCGGGACACGUGGGUUUUGUUUAUGUCUGUCAUGUCUCCUCCCUGUUCCGUCAUUGGCUGGGAAGUCACGUGUGUCCGGAUUACCCUCAGCUGUUAGCAGUUGCGAGGGUAAUCAUGUCCGCAUAUAUACCGCGCGCUUCCCAGCACACAACGCAGAAGAUUAAGUAAGUAAGUAAGUAAAUAAUACGAAGUGAAUGUUUAGCGUUAGUGUAAUUCGUGUCAGAGUCAGAGUCAGAGUCAGAGUCAUAGUCAGAGUCAGAGUCAGUUCGUGCUGGAUAUCCGCGUCCAGUUAAUCGUCUUAGUUCGUGUCUUGUUUUGUGUAACGACCUAGAUUCCUGCCUUGCCCAGUGUAUGCCUGUUUGCCAAUCGCCUGACCUCUUGCAUGUUUAUGGAUUACGUCUUGGAUCACGUUUUGGAUUUGUCUGCCUGUCUGUCGUCAAAAUAAACACUGUUCACCCUG